AGGGUUUGUUUGUUUAUUUUUUUACAAAUGGUGUUUUAAUCGAUGAUCCGUUCAAUUAAUUUCAUUCAAACAACAUAUGACCGUUAUUUUAUAACUCUGUGUGUCAUAAUUGUCAUUAAAGUCACGAACGAUUUUGCUUAAAGAACUUAUUCCCCCCUCCUCUACCGCAUUGUGACGUCAGCGAGUAAGGCUACGUCAUCGCCGUAAAGCAGCGCGACUAUAAGAACAGCAGGGAAAUAUUCUGAAGAUUUCUGCGUAUAUUUAAGUUUUCUAAAAGGCCGUUGUGACGUCGAAGUCCACCGACGUGUUCGAUCUGAGCGCAACGUCGAGCGCAGGACGCAAACCCGAGGGCGCACGGCGCAGAGGGCGUGGAUUAGUCUCUUUGAACCAAUCAGAUGGCGGACUUGGUGGGUUACAGGCGUCAGAGGUUUUCUGGAGAGGAAACUGAUCUGCUCGUGCGCGAGGUGAAAGCGCGUGAGCAGCUGAUUUACGGCACCAGCAACCAGCCACCAAACGUUCACGAGGUCAAGCAGGCUUGGGAGGAAGUGGCAGCGAAAGUGUCCACUGCUUCCGGUAUCAGCAGAACAGCCACGCAGUGCCGCAAGCGCUACAAUGACGUCAGGAGGCGGGGCAAACAGAAGCUCAGCGCGCACCAGAAGCAGCAGCUGGCAAUGCGAGGAGGAGGAGCAUCGCCUAAAACAGAAGAGCUCAGCUCACCUGAGGACCUCGCUGACUCCGCCCUCUGUGCUGACAUCAUGGAGGGCUUUGGGGGGCUGGAGGUGGGCGUUCAAGAGAAAACCGAGGAGGACAUCAAACCCAGCCUGCGGGAGCUGGGCCCCAUCGAAGAGGAAGAGAAGGUGGAAGAAACCCCCAGAGGAGAUACAAGCUGUCCAAAACCACGCCGGAACAUUAUCCGGGCGGAGGAUCACCCCUUUCUGGAGAUCCAGCAGGCUGGAUUCCGCAUGUUGGAGAGGGAACUAGGUGGUCUGAGGCGGAGUGUUUGCCACCUGAACGCCCGGCUGAGCCGCAUUGAGAUGAUGCUGCGGCCGCUCGGACAGCUGGCCGAGGCGGUGGAGCGCCUUGUUCCUGCAGCAUCUUCUUCUUCUUCUCCUCCUCCUCCUCCGAGCACCCGAAUGUCUCCAUAUCCCAUCAGACGCAGACAGAACCCAGCGGCUCCUGGAUCCUCCCGCGGCCAAAGAAAACCACACAGUUUACAAAUUUUGUAUUUCUAGUCAUGUUUUUAUUUUUAUUUGUAAUUUACUUAAUUUUAAUUGUUAAAAAUGCUUUUGGGGUAUGAAUGAAUUGAUCCACUGUCUCAAUAAACAUGAACCAAAGCCUUGUGAUUGUGUCAAUUAAAUUUGUCAAAAUUCACAGAAGGAAACUAAAGACAUCUGUUGAGGAUGCCCCCUGGUGGUCCUUCUUGGGAGUUGUUACAGGCAUGUCCAAUUGGGAGGAGUCCUGGGGAAAAUCCCAGGACACACUGGAGGGAUUACAUCUCCCAGCUGGCUUGGAACAACUUGGGAACCUCCAGGAAGUGUUGGAAGACUUGGCUGAGGGUAGGGAAGUGUGGGAGGAGCUGCUUGGGCUACUGUCAAGUUAGUUUUGGAAGUACAUAACUUGCCUGUGGAAGGCCUGUCUGAAUAACAUCAUGUAUAAAUGGCAGAAAAACCACAUUUGACUUUAGACAAAAUUUUCAGUUGUCUGGGAUGAGGUCGAUCAGUAAUUGGCACACUGUCCUGUUCAGAAGGUCAUUGUUUUACUCCUGCUCACCCAGCAGUAGAACGAGUACUUGAUCAGUAGUUGGGGAAGGUAUAAGUUGGCGAGGAAAGGAACUGUCCACCUUACCUCAUCAGGCUGUGGCCAGCGCAUGUUCGACCCUCUGUACUGAGUCUGGGACUCUUGACCAUUAACAGUGCAGUCGUUUUCUGCUGCCUCGAGAGCGAUGCGCAAACGCCACUUUUGGUGGUUAAGCAGCACGGGUAUCAAGCUGGAAUCCAGCGAUGCCACGUGGGAUGUAUGGAGCUCUGCCAAGUUUGUGUGCAGUGUGUGCUCUGUUCCUUUGCUGGAAGCAGCAGACUGUCAUGCAUGACACUCCAUAUUUUUUCUGCAAAGAACAUUAGCAACAAGAACAUCAGACAAAACCAGCAGCAAAAGGAUAACUUCUGCAGCAUAUUUCAAUCACGCGAGUUAAAUAUUAACAAGUGUCACAUUAUUUUUGUCACCCAUAUGAGAAGAGUAAUAUGCAGCACUGGAAGUGCAGUGCUUUUAUUGGCUGUAGUUUCCUGAUCUUAGAUCAUUUU